AAAGGAAAGGAAAGGAAAGGGUUGAAGGAGAAUCCAACUGAAAGAGAACAUACCACCCUCCGGGGGGGCAGACUCGGAGAGAGAACCCCGGACUCGGGGAUCCUGGCCAUUAAAAAUUAUCCACCCGAUCAACUCCCAACCAGAAGACCCAAGAAAACCAACCCACAUACAUCUCAACUCCAUGUCAGCACCUACGACAAAUCUAGUCCGGCUCAUAGUCGAGGCAGGUAAAGCCUCGCCCUCCCCUCCCGUCGGACCAGCACUUGGCUCGAGAGGGAUAAAAGCAAUGGACUUCUGCAAGCUGUUCAAUGCGCAGACCAGCCACAUCGAGCCGACGAUCCCGAUCCGAGUGAACAUGACGAUCAAUGCGAAGGACAAGUCGUAUAAAUUCAAACUAAACUCACCACCAACGACCUACUUCAUCAAGAAACAUCUCAACGCAUCAUCAGCAUCAUCCUCACCCUCAUCAACGCAAUCAUCCUCAUCCUCAUCAUCCUCUGCUAAGAAAUCUAACACGUCCAGUGACUCCAAGAUGCACAGCUUCAUAGGCUCAGAACUCAGCCUCAAAUUCAUCUACCAUCUCGCGCUCAUCAAGAAAUCAGUCGACCAUGAGGACCUUAAUCACAUCCCUCUCGAAUCCCUCACCCGGUCGAUCGCCGCUCAAGUUAAAAAUAUGGGAAUCAAACUCGUACCUUAACCCUUCUCAUUGCACUCACUUGAGCCCUCCAAAAAUGUACAUACAUCAGUGAUCACAAAGCACUAGAUAGCCGAUCCUCAUUUACUUAAUCGGAUUGAUACCUUCGCCUUUUAUCUCUUGCUUCAUAUCCCCAACUUUUUUUAGCGAAGCAAUCAAACCAUACUCGUUAUCUAUUGAGGCAGGAGCAAUGUACAUGUUCGAUUUUUCCAAGAUCCCCGAAGUGUUGCAAAAGACAUGUGGUCUAGAGGGCUAUCAUUUUUUUAUUACGAGGCUUAUUCAACUCUUGAUA